CGGCUUUAAGAUGUCCAAGAUUGCUUGACACAACGACAGAAGAGUCUCGAUCGCAUCUCCAGAUGUGUCUACGCGAGUGACAUCAAACGGCAUUGUAGUGCGAUGUUUUAGAGGGUAACACAGGUCUAACCGGCAAAUCAUGACGUAGGAUCCCUGACCUUUCAAUUUCAACGACAGCUCUCCACGCCUCGAGUAUCAUCCCAGAUAGAUCGAUACCCUCCGCACUCCCCCAGAUCUAAGAGUAACAGCCACGAUAUGGGGGGAAAGUCGUCCAAGAUUGCUGGCGCCGCUGGCUCAACCGUCGUCCGGAAGUACCCCACACGGACACCGACGCAAUUCCCCUCAUCUCAAACCACCAAUGCCUCCGGCCCCUCGGGCUCCGAAUCGAUAUCACCGGAGACAACCGCACGCUCCGAGGCCCAGGCCGAGUUCUCGAAGACCGAAGCCAUAAAACAAGAUGCCGCAGAUCCGGACUUUGCCAGCAUGUUGAGGAGCGUGGGCGUAGCCCAGAUUCCUGAUGCUGCCAGGAACUAUGAUCUCGCUGGCGUGGAGAAUCCACAAUUACGAACACUCACCCGUCGGCAGGCGCUUGAAGACGAGCAGUUGGAGGAGGCUAAUAACCCGGCAACGAGGAUGAAGCGCUCAUGGAUCGAUGCUCCGACACUUCGCGAGGUCUUGAAAAUGAGGGAUGACCAAAAGUGGUCGGCUGAAAAGAUCGAGAAGGAAAUGGGAUUGGCGAGUGGAGUGAUGGCCAGGUUAGGGAAACGGGUCAAAGGCUUUUAGAUUGGAGGCGUAAUUGUUCGUGUAUAACAAGCACUUCACAUGGGAAAACCGUACUAUAGGCAUUCGCGACCCUCUCUCACUAGAUUACCAUAUAUUCACUCAACAUCAAUUGUCGUCUUCCGCCUCUGUUAUGAGUAGCUCUCAAAUAAACCAAUCCCAUACAAAAACGACUCCACAAAACACCACAGUGCCGAAGAAAGCCGACCGGGCCAUCGAGGUUUUU